GUCGAACGAACUUGUGGCGAAAAUGUUUUUGGUUUUAUUAAGCUUAAAUAUCGUAUAUCAACACAAUAAAAUGUAUUAGUGACAUUUAACGAGUUCCUCUCGUAGUGAGGUUUAAAAUGAAAGUGUAUUAUAUUCGUAAUGGCUAUUUUUUGUCGCAGAUUUUAUUACAAGUAUGGAAAGUGCUUAUUGAUAACAAUUUUGAUAGCAUUUUUUGCUCAAAUUCUCAUCGCUAUUAAUUAUUUUCCUUCUGCUAAUGACAACUUACUGUACAAUGCACAUAAAUCUUCUGCCAAGCAAGAGUUGGGAGACGUUUCGGCUCGAAAAAUUGGUCCGGGUUUCGACGAUGACGAAGAUUUUCCGGCGAAAGCCAAGGCUCAAAAUAAACCUGUCGCUCAUUUGCGGGUAGAAGAACUAGAUUUUAAACCAAUUUGCGAGAUAAGAAGUCGAGAAGCGAUAUCUGCUAUUCACAGGGCCAAGACGCAAUCUUGUAAGGAACAGAUAGUUAAUAAAACUUGCUUGAUUCAGGGUGGUAGUUUUUACCCUAGAUCAUUACCAAAUAAUUGCCAAGGCAAAGGAAUGACUUAUGGAAAACAUUUAGGUUGUUAUCAAGAUGAGAAGAAGCUGAGAAUACUUUCUAGUUUUUAUGGGAAUUAUGCUAACACUAACUCUAGGGUGGCUUGUUUGGAUAUCUGUGUACAAGCAGGAUUUCCUUAUGCUGGAGUACAAUAUGCUUCAGAGUGUUUUUGCGGAGAGAAUGUUCCUUCUGCGUCAGCUAAGAUUUCUGACGCUGCCUGUGACAUGAAAUGUCCUGCUGACCCCACUAGUACCUGUGGUGGUUAUUUUACAAUGAAUGUGUUUGAAACAGGACUUGCUAAAUUCAAUUCAGUUACUCCAGCAGUUUCAAGCAGCACCAAUAAGCCAGUCAGAAUUAUAUUUCUUUUGACAUUAAAUGGACGCGCGUUACGACAAGUUCACAGACUCAUCAAUGCUCUCUACAGAACAAGUCACUUUUUCUACAUACAUAUUGAUGCGCGCCAAGAUUACUUGUUCAGGAAACUGUUAGCUAUUGAAAAACAAUUCUCAAAUAUCAGAUUGGCCAGAAACAGAUUUUCCACCAUAUGGGGUGGAGCAUCUUUGCUUACUAUGCUUUUAACAUCUAUGAAAGAUAUUAUAAAUUUAGGUUGGCAAUGGGACUUUGUAAUCAAUUUAAGUGAGAGUGACUUCCCAAUCAAAUCUUUGGAGAACAUUGAAAGCUUCCUAGCUGCUAAUAAAGGUCUCAAUUUUGUCAAAUCUCAUGGAAGAGAGGUACAAAGAUUUAUUAAAAAACAAGGACUGGAUAAGACAUUCAUUGAAUGUGAAACUCACAUGUGGCGUGUUGGCGAAAGGAAAUUACCUAGAGGAAUAAUCAUUGAUGGUGGAAGUGAUUGGAUAGCAUUGUCGCCUAAAUUCGUCUCUUACAUAAUAGGUAAACAAGAUGAAUUGCUGGCCGGAUUAGACAUCGUUUUUCAGCACACUCUCCUACCAGCAGAAUCAUUCUUUCACACUGUUUUAAGAAAUUCUCAUUUUUGCAAUACUUAUGUCGACAACAACUUGCAUGUGACCAAUUGGAAAAGGAAAUUAGGCUGCAAAUGUCAAUACAAACAUGUGGUCGAUUGGUGUGGAUGCUCUCCUAAUGACUUCAAGACUGAAGACUGGCCAAGAAUUCAGAACACCCAAGACAGACAGUUAUUUUUUGCAAGGAAAUUUGAGCCUAUUAUUAAUCAGGAAAUUAUUACUAGAGUUGAAAGUUUUAUUGGAUUAAAUGACCAUCAAUUAAUACAGAAUUUGGAAGCGUAUUGGCAGAGCAUUUACAACACAGAUGAUCUAACAGCUAGCACUGACGACACCCUAAUAACGCACGCAGAAAGCGUGAUUCGUCAGAAUGCAAAAAUUCUACUUGAUAAGGGGUGCUCGUUAAAUACCGAUGAGAUUAUUGAAAUAAACACGUAUAACUUUGCAGAUGUAUAUAAAGGAAAUCUGAUAUUACAUAAAGUAUUUACGGAAAAUGGCGAAAGCGUGUUGAUGGAGACUUGGUAUAAGCCACAAAAACAUUUAGAAUUAAAUUUUGAAAGUAGUUAUGUAGACAAUGUUAAGAUAUUUAAAGUAAGCUCACUGUAUGAUCAAAAAGAAAUGAUUUUUAGAAAUUUAGGUUCUAUUUUGGGUCCUCUAUCUGAACCAAAUUUGUUGUAUCGAUUUGCACCUCACUUUGACAAGCAGUUUGAAAAUUUAACUGUUCUCUGGAUGGAUCCGGCGGGGUUAAUAGCGGAUAUUAAUUACAUCCACCUAGAAGAAAAUAAUCUUACUAAUUUUAUCAAACCCAGCCUCAAGGUGCCACUGUUGCCUGGAGUUUGGAAAGUUGGACUUUUUGAAAGUAAGUCAAAUUUAAUAGCAUUAACAAAAUUCCUGAUUACACCAUUACAGUAUUUCUCGGGGAAAGAACUUUCUCACCAAGAAGCAAAUAUAAUACACAGUGGGUCACAGAGUGCUUAUAAAAACUUUUCCCACAUUAAGCAUAUUAACUUUUUGCCUGGGCCUGAUGACAGUUUAUUGUUACAAAAAAUUUCUUCUUCCAAUACCAAAAGAAUACAGCAGGAUUUGAGAGAGUGGAUAGAUGGAUUAACUUCAGACUUUUACAAUGUUUUAGGUUCAUGUGUAGCAUCAACUAGUAAUAGUCCUGACAAAAAGUUUAUUUGUGGUAAGCAUUCAUUUAAAUACUGCAAAUCUACAGAAUGGAGCUCCUUGUCGCCAGACCCUAAAGGGUCUAUAGGUACAUUAAACAUUAAGACUGGUCGCCUGGAAAGGGCAUGACGAAUAAAUACUUACCGGAUUAAUAAAUGAGUGAACGUAUGACGAAAGUAUUAUGAGUUGUGACGGUAUAAAUCGGUCAUGGUUGUUACUGUUGUUAGUAAAAAUAUUUGUUUUAAUAUGUUUUUAAAGUUGUUAGUUAUAUUGUAAUUUAAACAUUAGGCUGGUCCGAGACGCUAAGAAAGGAAGAGCUUUGCUCGUUCUAUCUCUACCUACCUUCUACAUUCUGGUAAGUGGACUAUGUGUAAACAAUGUUAGAAGCGAAGACAGCUUGUAGAGUUAGACCAAGCUAACUCUGCAGCGAAUUUGAUAGCCCAGAGCGUGAAAGUGUUAUCAUAAACGUCUAGAAAUUAUGGCGUUUAAUAUAACACUUCCACGCUCUGUGCUAUCAAAUUCGCAGCAGAGUUAGCUUGGUCUAACUAGACGAUAUUCUCCAUAUUGACCUCAAUUAUAGGAGGUAAAUUCCAUUAUAGUUUAUUUACUUAUAUAAAAAAAACUUGAUACCGUGAUCCAAAACAAGGUCUGCUAUCCCAAUUCAUCAAUUUAAUGAUGAUUUCAUUUAUUAUAACGUCCCUUUGACUUACAGACUACCUACUAAACUUAGCAAUACUAACUAAAACUUUGCGGUUUUUAGCGAUAAGACCGCCUGUUAUUACCUGGUUCUGUUUUCCUUUAAAAUGUCUGUAAUUUUACAUGUAUGUAAAAUGUAUUUUCAACACACUUGCUCAAAACGGUGUUUUUAUUCCACCGAUUUUUGGCUCAUAAUCCUAGAUAUUAAACACCCGUGCUGUUUCAGUAUAUUAUAACACUUGUGGUUUUUCAUUAUAUUAUCCGACUGAGUUAAGAAGGUAUAUGCAUGGAUACGGAGCCUUCUUUAAUCGGUCGGACUGGCGGGCAUCGGCGCGCCCGACCGCUUGUUGCGGCCCGCCCGCCGGGGCGAGGGGCGGCCGGCAGUAUGACAGAUUUUAGACUUACUGUUUUAACAAUUAAAAUUUGAUUAAUAUGAAAGUUUUUUUUUUUUGUGCAAGUGUGUUGAAACGCGUGUGCAUUGGUCAUUACACACAUCGGCUUUCUUAUUGCGGGCUCGCUUACAGCUCGCGCGCACAAUAUCGUCUCGUGUGUAAUGACCAACUUAGCACACUUGUGUCACAAUGUACUAUUAUUUAUUGGUGCAAUAAAGAAUAUUUCACUUACUUAAACUGCCUAUUAGUGAGAAAUAAUUAUUGGGGCAAGUAUCGUGCGGUGAAAAUAUUAUUUUUACUCGUCGCCAUACAUUUUGUACUGAUCGAGCAGCAGUCAAGCUAAAAAGGUAAUUUGAUGACACGAAUUCUUCUCGAAUUAGUCAGUUCGUUCAGUGAUAUGUUCUGUAACGUAUUUGAGUCAUUUCUUUAGGUUGUAAAGUUGUAUAUAAUAGGUACAUUUAGUCCCCACAAUUGUUAUUUGUAACCACUUCUAUCCAUCCUAUCUGCCAUUAGUGCCAUUAAAUACCAUAAACAUAGGAAACUAAUACUCACCUAGUUAUUUUAUUAGUUACGUAGGUAAGUAUAAGUACUCGAAUUUCCUGAGACAUUUUGUUUACAGCAAAGGGGAAACAGUUAAUUAUUGAAUCAUUAUAUAUAUAUAUAUAUACCACGCAUAAUCGUAAUAAACAUUGGAGAACCCACCAUAUUGUCGCGCAAUAAAUUCCAUAUUCAAACUGGUUUUUCAAUGGCUGUUAGGGCCCAUACGCACCUGCAGUAGCCACCGCGGCAGCGCGCUGCAAGACGGCCCGCAAUCUUUUACAUUCAACCGAUACGCGCUUAACCACAAACUGACCGUAGGUAUGAUAUGGUUGCAACUGAAAGUGUAGGUACAUGAUACAUGGCCUUGCGUGGCGUGGCUGAGAAUGUAGAUCUGUGUAUGUACUAUAUGUUUCUGUAAUAACAAUAACGAAGAAAUGAGCUACUUAAUUAGGUAUAGCCAUAAGAUCCCGUUUGAAUAAAUCAAUGUAUUUUUAUGGGUUAAUUAUUUUAUUAAACCAAGUCAAUACAGUUAUUCAGCUUAGUUAUUAAUUAUAUUGUUACUCUCAAAGCAUUCAGGUCAAACACCUAGUCCUAAGUGGACGCAUUUUUAAUCUAGUCGGAGUCUAGGGUUUGCUCCCGGGAAAUACCGGUACCGAAUGUAACAUCAUUGACGUUAUGAAGAGGUGUUUUUUUUAGCGUUUAUUCGACUAGAAUGGAUUUUGUUAUUAUUUUUGAACCUACUUAAAUGGGUUUUUUUUUAUGCAUGUUCUAUAAGACAGAAACAAUUGUAAAUAUAAAACAUUGUACUAUUAUUACCUGAAAAUCGUUAUUUACGAUUAUUUGUGUAUCGUAUGUUUAUAAAAACCGGCCAAGUGCGAGACGGACUCGCGCACCGAGGGUUCCGUACUUUUUAGUAUUUGUUGUUAUAGCGGCAACAGAAAUACAUCAUCUGAAAAUUUCAUCUGUCUAGCUAUCACGGUUCAUGAGAUACAGCCUGGUGACAGACAGACGGACAGCGGAGUCUUAUGUCCCGUUUUUACUCUUUGGGUACGGAACCCUAAUAAAAAGAAUAUCGAAUGUUACCUUUGGAAACUUAAAACAUGCUUGCAGUAAUAAAAAACGUCUCUUUGACUGGCGUUCCGUUCCAUUCAGACAACUUAUUAAGAACGAUUUUUCAAUAUUAAAAAAUAAACGUGUUAUAAUGAUGAAGAGGUAAGUAAUAAAAUAUGAAGUAUGUAAAUUUUUCGUAUUUUUACAUGAACAGUAGGUUUUUAUGUUGAUUACGACGUUUAAAUUAAACUAAUAUUAACACUCAUUGAUAAGUAGUCAUGAAUUGGAACAAGUAUAAA